GGUCACAUAAAAUUAGUACCCCAAUGGGGACAGCGCAGCGCUGAGCUGAUAAUUAUUGGGGGGGGGGGGCAGAACAGCGCUCGUGGGUCACAUAUGAUUAGUUCCCCGAUGUGGGCGCAGUGCUGGGUUGAUAAUUAAUUUAUUCCCGAGGGGGAGGGGCCAAACCGGUAUUGCGAUAGGGGGAAAAUUCAUAUGGUGCAGGACAAAAAUUUCGGUAUUUGGUAGGAACCAUUUUACCGCCCAGCACUACUUGGGGAGGCACUGAUCCGUCCACCUCCUCCACAGGUACAAUCACCAGCUGUUUGUGCAGCCCCUGGGUCAUCUCUGUCUUCUGGGUGACCACCUGCAUCUCCUGUAUCCCCAGCUGAUCCUCCAGUGAUGGACUGGACGCGGCCCCCCAACCUUCUCUCACGAACUUCUCAUCUGUGACCAAUAAACGGCACAGGACAAGACCACAGCCCGGGACGCGACAACAGCAUAGGACAAGACAACCCCAUGGGACCUUGUAAGGACAUGAGCCAUGUCCCAUACUCUCUAGGUUGCUUUCUCACUACUGCCCGUCAGUAGCGGAUCCGUUGGAAGAUAGCGGAAGAAAAAAUUGGGCUUGGGACGUCUUUUUCUUCUACUGAAGUGAAUGGGAUCCUCUGUGCCCAUUAUGCCUCCCGUUAGGCUCCAUUACAAUAACGGACGUUAAUGGACAAACUAAAAAGAGAGCCUUAUAUCCGAUAGUAACGGAGCUUGAUCUAUAGCGUGAAAGUAGCCUAAGUGGUCACAGAGGAGGUCAGAGGCCACGUCCAGUCCAUCACCGGGGCCCACAACACUGUGCCAUAGCCUGGGGACACAUCACCUGCUGUAUGUUAAUGGUGAUAAUAUUCCUCCUUGUAUACUGGUAUUAUUAGUAAUAUUGAUCUCAGUAUACAGGAUUUGGUCAGUAACAGUAUGAUGGCAGCCCUCUCUGGAGUAAUGUCUGAUUUUCAUCAAUGUAUUUGUUAUAACAUUUGUCCAUUUCAACUUAUUUCAGUGAGCAUUAUGAUUUAGGGCCCCUCCUUCUCUCAUAAAGGUCCCAGCAGGACUAUCCCCUCCAGCUGAUCCAGUUGUCUCCUCUUCUCCUCCAGCUGAUCCAGUUGUCUCCUCUUCUCCUCCAGCUGAUCCAGUUGUCUCCUCUUCUCCUCCAGCUGAUCCAGUUGUCUCCUCUUCUCCUCCAGCUGAUCCAGUUGUCUCCUCUUCUCCUCCAGCUGAUCCAGUUGUCUCCUCUUCUCCUACAGCUGAUCCAGUUGUCUCCUCUUCUCCUACAGCUGAUCCAGUUGUCUCCUCUUCUCCUACAGCUGAUCCAGUUGUCUCCUCUUCCUCUUCUCCUCCAGCUGAUCCAGUUGUCUCCUCUUCCUCUUCUCCUACAGCUGAUCCAGUUGUCUCCUCUUCCUCUUCUCCUCCAGCUGAUCCAGUUGUCUCCUCUUCCUCUUCUCCUCCAGCUGAUCCAGUUGUCUCCUCUUCCCCUCCUCCUCCGGCUGAUCCAGUUGUCUCCUCUUCUCCUCCAGCUGAUCCAGUUGUCUCCUCUUUCCCUUCUCCUCCAGCUGAUCCAGUUGUCUCCUCUUCCCCUCCUCCUCCGGCUGAUCCAGUUGUCUCCUCUUCCCCUCCUCCUCCGGCUGAUCCAGUUGUCUCCUCUUCUCCUGAAUGACCCCCAAGGAUGGACAAGGACAGGAAUGAGAUGACUAAGAGAAUAUUACACUUCACCUUGGAGAUCCUCCACCUGCUGACCGGAGAGGAUUACACCAUAGUGAAGAAGACAUGGGGGGAGUGUAUGGCCCCCAGCAGCCAUCUCCAUGAGUCAGGAGGACGGAGCAGGGCCCGGGGCAACAUCACGGAGCCCCCACCUCACUCACUGAUACAUGAGAAGAAGAUCCUAGAACUCACCCACAGGAUCACUGAGCUGCUGACUAGAGAGGUUCCUAUAAGGUGUCAGGAUGUGGCGGUCUAUUUCUCCAUGGAGGAGUGGGAGUAUAUAGAAGGACACAAGGAUCUGUACCAGGACAUAGUCAUGAUGGAGGAUCACCGGCCCCUCACAUCACAAGAUGGAGCCAUUGAUAGAAAUCCACCCGAGAGGUGUCCCCGCCCUCUGUAUUCCCAGGACUGUGCAGAGGGAAAUGUCCCAGAGAAGCAUCAGGGUGAAAAUCUGAUGGAUAUAAAGUUUGAGGUUAUAGAUGAACCAGAAGAGGAGACUAAUUUCCAGGCCGAUCAGCAGUAUGGAGUCAUUGAUAGAAAUCCACCCGAGAGGUGUCCCCGCCCUCUGUAUUCCCAGGACUGUCCAGAGGGAAAUGUCCCAGAGAAGCAUCAGGGGGGAGAUCUGACUAAUAAUAAGGUGGAGGAUGAAGAAGAGAGGAUGAGGGGCCAUAACCCGUGUAUGAGGGAAGUGAAGGAGGAAGUUCCAGAUGUUACCCCAGAAAAUCCCAGUAAGAAUUCUGAGGGAAACUUCAUGUUAUCUGUGAAUGAUAAAGGAGAAGAUGGAGAGAUCAUGGAGCGCUCCUCAGGAGAAGAUGGAGAGAUCAUGGAGCGCUCCUCAGGAGAAGAUGGAGAGAUCAUGGAGCGCUCCUCAGGACAAGAUGGAGAGAUCAUGGAUCGCCCCUCAGGACAAGAUGGAGAGAUCAUGGAUCGCCCCUCAGGAGAAGAUGGAGAGAUCAUGGAGCGCUCCUCAGGACAAGAUGGAGAGAUCAUGGAGCGCUCCUCAGGAGAAUAUGGAGAGAUCAUGGAGCGCUCCUCAGGACAAGAUGGAGAGAUCAUGGAGUGCUGCUCAGGAGAAGAUGGAAAGAUCAUGGAGCGCUCCUCAGGACAAGAUGGAGAGAUCAUGGAGCGCUGCUCAGGAGAAGAUGGAAAGAUCAUGGAGCGCCCCUCAGGAGAAGAUGGAGAGAUCAUGGAGCGCCCCUCAGGAGAAGAUGGAGGGAUCAUGGAGCGCUCCUCAGGAGAAGACCUCCUUACCCCUAAUGUCCAUCCAGAUCUAUCAGAUAAUAAUCCCCCUGAUCAUGGGGAACCUUCUCCUCACCAACCGCACAUUGUUACCACAAGGACAGAGAAGAAAAGGAUUCAAUGUGAUGAAUGUGGGAAAUGGUUUACAAAAACAGCUAUUUAUACACACAGAAGAAAUCACACAGGAGAGAAGCCAUAUUCAUGUUCAGAAUGUGAAAGAUGUUUUUUAUAUAGAUCAGAGCUUAUUACACAUGCAAGAAGUCACACUGGAGAAAAGCCAUUUCCAUGUUCUGAAUGUGGGAAAUGUUUUUUAAGUAAAGCACAGCUUGUAAUCCAUGAGAGAAAUCACACAGGAGAGAAGCCGUAUUCAUGCUCAGAAUGUGGGAAAUGUUUUACAGAUAAAGCAACUUGUGUUAGACAUGAAACAUGUCACACAGGAGUAAAGCCAUAUCCAUGCCCGAUAUGUGGGAAAUUUUUUACACGUAAAUCAUAUCUUGCUGUACAUGAGAGAUGUCACGCGGGAGAAAAGCCACAUUCAUGUUCAGAAUGUGGAAAACGUUUUACAGAUAAAUCAAGUCUUGUUAGACAUGAGAGAACUCACAAAAGAGAGACACCAUAUUUAUGUUCAGAAUGUGGGAAGUAUUUCACAGAUAAAUCAAGUCUUAUUAGACAUUCCAGAAGCCACACAGGGGAGAAGCCAUAUUCAUGUUCUGAAUGUGAGAAAUCUUUUACACGUAAAUCGCAUCUUGUAAUACAUAAGAAAAGUCACACAGGAGUGAAACCAUAUUCUCGUUCAAAAUGUGAAAAAAUAUCUUCUUAAAACUAAAGAGUAACAGAGAAGAGAAGCCAUUUUUUAUGUGGACAUAUUAACCUCUUUAAUAUAUAUAUAUAUAUAUAUAUAUAUAUAUAUAUAUAUGUGUGUGUGUAUAUAUGUAUAUUCAGUAUACAAAAGUAAUGGGGUUGAUAAAAUAAACAAUUUUAAAUUACAUUUAUUCCCUUCUGUUUUAUUAAACUCCAGAUACAGCCCCUUUUGCUAUAAACUUCCUUUGUUUAUUAUAAAAUCCCAUUUACACUACAUUACAAGAGUGGUCCCGGUAAGGUCCCUGGUGCCAAGAACCUGGGAUACAGGCAGGAGUGGCAAGCUGAUGAUGUAGGUGGAGGUAGCGUAGCAGAGCACAGGCAGAGGGGUCAGACAGAGGCAGGGUCACAAUAGAAGGCAAAGAUCAGACACUGUCACUAUUAGUGAACUACAAUCAGGCACCAGAGGAGGAGCGACCUUACAUAGGUGGUACCUGGCAGAGAUUGGAGAGGGAAGGGAAUCGGGAAUCGUUGGCUCAUCAUUAGUUGGGGCUGAGAUCAGGAAUGACAGAAAAU